AUGGAUCCCAUCUUGAAGUUCUGCUUCUUUCGCAUCUCAAAGACUGAAAAUAUUGCCUUGUCAGCCCGAAAAUAUCGGGACCUUCGACUCAAGGCGCUAUUGGCCUCUCCAGCCUCGUUUUCGUCCACAUACGAGAUCGAGUCUGCAUUUACUGACGCCGAAUGGAUCAAACUAUUGACUGCUGAUGGACGAGAAACUUUUAUUUGCGCCACAAUUUGUCCCCAAGACGAUACUCAACAAGGUUCACAUCAUGCUGAGUGGGUAGGUCAAGUCACCAUUCGCGGGCCUCUUACCCAUGAGCUAUCACUACAAAACUGCACGCUCGAGGAAGCAAAUGCUUCAGGUACUAUAAAUGGCUAUGAACGUUGGCAAAUGCUCAGUCUCUUUACUUUUUCUCAAUUCCGGGGCCAAGGGCUUGGAAAAAGGCUUUGCCAGGAGACCUUUGGUUUCAUUAAAGCCUAUCGAUCCCAACCAGACACCGCUCAAGUGUGUCUCAUUGUCAAAUCAGACAACCUCACUGCUAUAAAACUUUACGAGCGUCUCGGAUUCCAUCACGCGGGACGCUGUACCCUCGUUGAUGCCCUUAUUGCAAAUGGGGAGGAUCUCAUACCUGCCGAUAUAAGCGGACCCAAGUAUACAGAUCUAACGGGUUCGAUAAUGAAGUAUUCAAUAAUCCGUUCAAAAAGAUUCGUCUAG